CUCUGAGAGCUGAGACCUCUUUGAGUUAACCAUACACAAACAAAAAACUUAUUGGCAUAAAACUUGAAAAAUUUAUUUAAAAAAAUAUUUUUUCUCGUUGAGACUAAAUCUGAUCAUCGAUUCAUUCACUGAUAACAACGUUCGUCAUUUUUAAGGGCUUCCAUUAAAAAAAAUCUGGAUAGCAGUGUUCAGGAAAUAAUAGUAAUCAGAGCUUUUUGUUCUCAGAGAAUGGAACGAAAUUAGGAAGACAUUUUCGAUCAUACUUUUGAUGGUCUCCUUUUAAAAAAUGAAAAAGAAUUUUCGGUUAUAACAUUUUAGUUUUGCCAAACGAUAGUUACAUUUUUAAUAUAGACAAGAAGUGAUAUUUAAUAUUUGCAUUCGAAGUUUAAAUUUUUAAGACAAAAUUUCAUAAGGAAGAAUCACGGAUUAUAUCGGAAGAUUGGAUAUUCAACUAUCAAAAACUGAGUUUUUUGUUUUUGCUAUUGCCAUGUUGAAUCUUAUAAUCUGGACUUUUACUUAAAGAUAAAAAUUACCUUUUCAUUUGUUUCUUAUCUUUGUUCUCUUCCAUAUUUUUUAUUUUAUUAUCGUUUUUAUUCCAACCUUCUUAAUUAGCUAUGGAUCAAUCAAAUCUUAUUUUUAAUAUUUUAUUGAUCGUGUCAGCAAUUUUCAGUGUUGAGUGCAAUAGUACGAGAGCAAGAAAUUCGCGAAGUGCACGUGAAGGAGCUCUUCGACUUGUAGGUGGCAGAAAUUCCUAUGAAGGGAAUGUUGAAAUUUUCCAUAUAGGAAUAUGGGGAACCAUCUGCGACGAUGAAUGGGAUAUAAAAGAAGCAAACAUAGUUUGCAGGCUCUUAGGUAUGGGAAAUGCAACGACAGCGACACAUAAUGGUGAAUUUGGAAGAGGAAGAAGAAAGAUAUGGAUGGAUAAUUUGUACUGCGAAGGACACGAGAAAAGAUUGCAGGACUGCAGAUUCGAUGGAUGGGGCGUUAACGAUUGCUCUACUUCAGAAGCAGCAGGAGUCGUAUGCGAAUCCAAGAAUUCUACAAAAUUUCAAAGUCUAAUAUCAAAAACUCCUGCAACAAUCAGGCCAAAGUUAGAACUCCACAAGGAGAAAAACAUCGAAGUUCGCCUUGUAGGCGGAAGGUAUCCAACCGAAGGAAGAGUCGAAGUCAAGAUCGGAAAAGGUGACUGGGGUCUAAUAUGCGGGGAUGGGUGGAGUCUUCUCGAAGCCAAUGUAAUUUGCCAACAGCUGAAUAAGGGCUAUGGAAAUGCGGCCGUACAGAGCUCUUUCUUCGGUGGAAGUCAUGAAAAAAUCAUAAUCAGUGGAGUGAAAUGCACUGGACGUGAAGCAAAUAUAUCCGAAUGCACUUAUGAAGCAUUUGGAAACAACGUUAACUGUCCUGGACGUGAAGAUAACAUUGCUGGUGUAAUUUGCGCUGCUGAACUGCCUGAUUUGGUCCCUGAUGAAGUCGAAAUCGAACGGUCUGCAUAUCUGGAAGACAGACAACUGCUGUUUCUUCAGUGUGCUAUGGAAGAAAAUUGCCUGGCAUCAGAAGCAUACAAAUUGGAUAAAAAUGAUUAUGGUUGGCUAUAUGAACAAAGGCGCUUGCUUAGGUUUACAGCAAGAAUUGCAAAUGUUGGCACAACUGAUUUCCGUCCAUUUUUGCCAAAACAUGCAUGGCAAUGGCAUAUGUGUCAUUUGCAUUAUCACAGUAUGGAGGUUUUUGCUCAUUUUGAUGUCAUCAAUAAUCGAGGUGAAAAAGUAGCUGAAGGUCACAAGGCAAGCUUUUGCCUAGAAGACAACAACUGUUUACCUGGAAUAGAAAAAAGAUAUGCUUGUGCCAAUUAUGGAGAUCAAGGUAUAUCGGUUGGAUGUUCAGAUACUUAUCUGCACACAGUUGACUGCCAAUGGGUUGACAUAACAGACCUGCAGCCCGGAAUAUACAAAUUUAAGGUUUCCAUAAAUCCAGAAUUCAAAGUAGCUGAACUAAAUUAUGACAACAAUGCUGCUGUGUGUACUAUGUACUAUAAUGCUGUCACAGUACGCAUGCUGAAUUGUACUUUACAAAGACCAUAAAUACAAUUUUGAUGCAAAAGCAAUUGAAUAAAAAAUGGUUUGAAAUAUGUAAUAA